AUGUCAACCCCAGCUGCAUCUCACAUGGGACCACACUUUGUUGAGAUAUUUGGACAAGCUCUUGAUGAUAUGAAAGUCGUCUUCCAAGCUCCUACCUCUCAACCUUACUUGAUUGCUGGAUCUGGAACUCUUGGUUGGGAUGUUGUCGCCACCAACUUUGUGGAACCUGGUGAAUCAGUAUUGAUUCUCAACACUGGAUUGUUUGGAGAUCGAUUUGGAGACUGUCUGGAAACAUACGGCGCUAAAGUAACCCACUUGCGCUCUCCCUUCGGAUCUCGUGCAUCACUAGAAGACAUCAAAACUGCCUUGACAUCCGUAUCAAAGCCUUACAAGGCGAUCACUAUCACUCACAUUGACACAUCAUCUGGUGUUUUGUCAGAUGCAGAAAGCAUCUCAAAGCUCGUUCAUCAAGUAUCACCAUCAACUUUGGUUAUAGUCGAUGCUGUAUGUUCAGCUGGUGCCGAAGUCAUUCGUCAAGAUGCUUGGGGUUUGGAUGUGGUCUUGACUGGUUCUCAAAAGGCCCUAGGUGCACCACCUGGUCUUUGUGUUUUGAUGGUGUCUGCUCGUGGUCUCGAAACUGUAAACAGUCGAGUUGCACCACCGGCUACAUAUUACGCUUCGUUGAAGAGGUGGACACCCAUCAUGCAAGGUUAUAUGGCACGAAAGCCAGGUUAUUUCGGUACUCCACCAGUCCAACUCAUUACUGCUCUUGGUACCUCGUUACGUCAAAUUGUAACGGCUGAUGGCGGUAUGGAAGGACGAUGGGCCAAGCAUGCUACUAUGAAUGCCCAUGUGAAAAAGUUCGUACAGGAUAAGGGCCUCAAAUUGGUACCAACAAAAGAAGGAGAAGCAAACGCCAUGACUGCGGUUUACUAUCCAGAAGGUGUCACUCCAGCUUCUUUCUUGAGCGGCGUAUUUGCUCGUGGAGUCCAGAUUGCUGGGGGUCUGCAUCCUGAUUACGCUACCAAGUACUUUAGAAUUGGGCAUAUGAAUGUAUCUGCUAUUGAGCCCUCUAAUGGUCAUGUCGACAAGACUCUGGUAGCUGUAGCUGAGUCUUUGAAGGAAAACGGUUACGCCCAUCUAUAG